AUGACCGGUGAUACUAUCGGAUGUUGUUUAAACUUUAGAAAUAAUACGGCAUUUUAUACAAGAAAUGGAGUAAAUUUAGGAAUUGCAUUCCGAAAUUUGAGAAAUGCUAAGUAUCCUUGUGUUGGAAUUUUGUCACCAGGUGGAACUGUAGGAGCAAACUUUGGCAAUAGAAAGUUCAAAUACGCAG